AAUGAAUCCAAUUCCUUAAAAAGAACUAGUUCAUAUACCUAAAUUUACAGUAAUAGGUCUAAGAAGAAGAAUUCACUUAGCAAAAGAAUAAGAUUAAUAAAAUAACACAUUUAGUUAGACUUAUAAAGAAUUCUUUUCAAAAAAACUAAAUGAAUAAAUUUAAAAUAGAGCCUAUCCAGGAAGAACAUAUUGUCUUUACUAUGAUUUCAAAGAUUUUGAGGAUAGAUCUUAAUUGAACUAUUAUAUUUUAGUAGGUGAAGUAGUAACAGAAGUAGGAGUUGUUCCAGAGGGUAUGGAAGUAUAUGAUGUGGAAGAGUCAGAUUAUGCAAAAUUCUAAGGAGGACCUGGACCAAUACCUGAUAUUAUAAAAUAAACUUGGAGUUCAUUACAUAAAAUUAAACCAGAAGAAUGGGGAGGUAAAAGAACCUAUAAGACUGAAUUUGAAGUUUAUAGAGAAGGAUAAGAGGAUAUUCAAAAUAUGACAUUUUAAUUAUAUAUUGGUUUGGUGAUUGAAUGAUUAAUAUUGAAUAAUCAAUU